UGCAGAACACGAGUUGAUGAGAAAAAAAAUACUUCUCGGCCGCGGCCAGCCAUGAGCUGUUUGGAUGUUAUGUACCAAGUUUACGGUCCUCCCCAGCCCUACUUCGCACCAGCCUACAGCCCCUACCACCAGAAACUCGCCUUUUACUCCAUAAUGCAGGAAGCCCCCGAGAGCGGCAGCAGCGCCGGCGCCGGCAGCUCCUUCUCCGGCCACCCCGCGGCCAGCAUCAAGGAGGAGGACUGCAGCCCCGAGAAGGAGCGACCCCCCGAGGCCGAGUACAUCAGCUCCCGCUGCGUCCUCUUCACCUACUUCCAGGGGGACAUCAGCGCCGUGGUGGAUGAGCACUUCAGCCGGGCGCUCAGCCAGCCCAGCAGCUUCUCCCUCGGCAGCUCGAAGGCGGCGCGGAGCGCAGGCUCCUGGCGGGACGGUUCCUUCCCAAUGAGCCAGCGCAUCUUCCCGCCGUCCUUCUGGAACAGCACGUACCAGCCCUCCUCGGUCCCCGCCAGCCUGAGCAGCCCCCUGGCAGCUGCUGCCCACGGCGAGCUGCCCUUCGCCGCCGCCACCGACCCCUACGCGCCCACCUCUCUGCACGGCCACCUGCACCAGGGCGGCCCCGAGCCCUGGCACCACGCCCACCACCACCACCACCACCACCACCACCACCCCUACAUCGGGACGCAGAGCACUGCCUACCCCCGCCCCACCGCCAUGCACGAGGUCUACGGGCCCCACUUUGACCCCCGCUACGGCUCUCUCCUGGUGCCCACCGCCUCCGUCCGCCCCCACCGCCUCACCCCCGCCUCCGUGUCCGCACCCGUCAGCCCCCCCUGCGAGCUGGGCAAGAGCGAAGCGGGUGCUGCUGCGGCCUGGACGACACCGGGCCCCUUCCCCAACGCAACAGGAGACAUGGCACAGAGCAUUGGCCUCAAUGUGGACUCAGGUUUGCAACCUCAGGAUAAAAGCAAGGAUCUGUACUGGUUUUAGAGCUGUCCUUCACUCUUCUUCCCCUGGCUCUCCCCUGUAGCUCUCUACCUGUUAGACAUGGUGGCACUGGAGCUGAAAUCGGGUCAGUUUGUAACAGCUUCUGAUCUUGGUUUGCAGCUCGCCGUUACUCCUUCUGUGGUGGAUCCCUUCUGAGCUGAUGUGCUGACUCAAAGACUCUCAGAUCCCCCCUUGCCCUUUUCCAAGCCCGCCGUGGCCCUGCUGCUCGGGGAAAGACAACGGGAUUUAAAAGGACCUGGCAUUGCAAGGGAGAUACUUUAGACGUGUUUUGGAAAGUCCUUCUGUUGCAAGAGGAGAGCCAAAGACAUUGAACUUCUAUUUAAGCAGACCCCACACCCAGACCUGCAGCCAGACUACUCUGAAAGAGUCAAAUGACAUCUUGGAUGGUGAUGCAAAACCACUGGCCUUCGUACAGGCAACAGAGGAAAUUGUGGGAGGGGGUUUAGUGGUGUGAAUACUUUUUUUAUGGCAGUGAAAGUUAUUUCUUGAAUGCAACCAUGGGAAAGCUACUAAGCAGUUUUGAACUGGAUUUUUAUUUUGCAUUAUAGAAAAGUAAAAGGAGAAGAAAUUGGAACUCAUGAACAAUUUUUGGACUAUCAAGAAACUGGUCAGAUUUUUCAGCUUUGUGGUUGUGAGUGGCAAGUGUUUGACUGAGGCCACCUGCCCUGGACUUACAGAUAUGCAGCUGUUCCCCUCACAACUGCUUAAAUCCCAGAAAGACGAAAACCAAGGUGGCACUUUUCAGAGUUUGGCACAUUUGCAUUGGCUGUAUAACAGUUGUUUGGUUGGGGGUGGGGUUGUUUGUAUGGUUUUGGUUGUUUUUUGGGGUUUUGA